AUGGAUCAUAACAUUAAGUUCAACUCUGUUACAAGCAAGUUGCCUCCUGGAUUCAUAUUCCAGCCCACAGAUGAAGAGAUCAUCUUUCAGUACUUAGCCAGAAAGAUAUUCUCGUUUCCUUUGCCUGCUGACGUCGUCCCUGAAAUCAGUAGUUUUGCCGGUUUCGAGCCGUGGGCGUUGCCAGGUGAGGUGGAACAGGACAAGUACUUUUUCUGUAAAAAGGAAUGCAGCUAUCGGAAUUAUGUGAGUGGAGGAAGCCGAGUUACUUGUGAUGGGUUUUGGAGAGCUGUUGGGCACGACAAACUAAUCAGCUGUUCGAGAAGGAAGUCUCCCAUAGUCGGGAUCAAAAAGACGUUCGUUUUUUUCAAGGGAACACGUUCUUGUAAUUUCGCUAGAACCGAUUGGUACAUGCAUUUGCACAGCAUUGCCGUUAGAGGAAACACGAAAAAACAUUCGUCCAAGGAAUGCAUGGUGCAAAUAGGAAAAUGGGACUUGUGCCAUAUUUUUUCGAAGAAAAGGGGUGCCAAAUUUGAAGUCUGUGGUCAUAACGGGAGAUUUAUUAGUAGGCAUAAUGAGAAUUUAUUCGUGACGAGGGAAGAAAAACGUGUACAUUUUUCUUGUUCUUCAACAUCAUCAUCAUCAUCUUCUUCUUCAGACUCGGACACAGAGUGUAGUGUUCUGAGCGAGGAUCGGGCCGGGCCGGGCCGGGCCGGGCCGGGCCGGGCCGGAAAAUAG